CACACACAAAUCCUUGCAUCUCGAGAGAUGAUGAUGUCAACUUCUACCUGCAUAGUCCCUUGACCUCAAAGUCAACUAGACUAUGUGGAUAAUCAGUGUAGAGCAUUUCUAACCUUUAACCUUCGGGGUCAUCAAUAUGGCUGCCGCACACCCAGAACCCCACGUCAGCGCAGUUAGUCCUCGUUUUUACCAAGACGAGAGCUAUCUGCGAGGGUUUCUUGGAACUGUGGGUGACUUACAGAAGGCAAGGGCAUUUCAAGAUGUCGUCCUUGAAGUCGAGGACCGGCGGUUUCCCUGCCAUCGGCUUGUUCUGUCCGCGGCCAGCCCCUACUUCAGGGCCAUGUUUACAAGUGACAUGGCGGAAAGUCAGCAGGAGACGGUUGUUUUACAGGGCUUGGAUGCAGGUAUUUUUGGGGAGAUCCUGAGUUACAUCUACUCGGGAACCCUCUAUGUGUCGCUGGACAAAGUACAGCCCCUGUACCAGGCAGCCGACCUCCUCCAACUGGACUAUGUGAGAGGCACCUGCAGCAGCUACAUGGCCAUGAACGUGGGGCGCUCCACCUGUGUGGACCUGUACAAGUUUGCUGAUGUAUUUUCUCUGGACAAUGUUCAGAAAUGUUCUCUGCAAUGGAUCGCCAGACACUUCACUGAGGUUGCCUCCAGCAAGGAGUUCUCCAGCCUGAGUAUAACUCAGUUGACUGAGAUCAUCAGCCAUGAUGAGCUGGAUGUUAAAGAGGAGAGAACAGUGUGGAAGGCUGUGGUGAGAUGGGUGCAACACAGUAGGGAGGACAGACUGCAUCACCUUCCCAGCAUCCUCUCUGACAUCCGCUUCAACCUGCUGACCUCAGACGAUACGGCAGUCAUGUUGGAACAUCCCAUGGUCAGGCAGGAUCCUGGGAUCUCUGAGGUCAUCAGGAAUCUGGUACAGAAAGGAAACUACAACCUAAAGCCGAGGCUUGGGAUGACUACAGAAAUGGCUAUUUGGCUCAAUCCAACCAGGGGGAAAGUUUAUACUUGUUCCAAUGAGCUCUUCUUCAUGAAUCCCCAUGAAGAAAAGUACAUCAGCUGCACUUACAAGCCCGAAGACUUCCCUCGUGUUACAGACAUGGUAGUCACCAGUGAUAACGACAUCUACAUCCUACAAACGGAAGAGUUAGAAGAUGAGAAUCAGAUGUUCCUGGAGACCCAAAUGUCCCUGUUUAAGUACAGCCAUGCAGAAAACGCGUGGGAACAGGCAGGUGUGUCCUCAAUAUCUAAGGGACCGGGAGAUGACUUUUCUUCCGACGAUGAACGCCUUUGUGAAGUUGAUCGGAUUUUUUAUUACAUUGCCAUUGAUUCAAAAGAACAUCGACCAUUACUGAAGAUGAGAAAGUACAACCAGGACAUGAACCAGUGGGAGGAGUGUUCACAGUUGAAACUAAAGGGAUGUGGAUACCACCGUGACUUUGCAGCAUUGUCAUGCAGCCCAUACCUCUAUUUCCUCACAAGGUGGGAAUUUCAUCGCUACGACCCAAGCCAGGACCGUUGGAGCAAGCUGGUCCCACCAAUGAUCAGUGAUGAAGUAUGUACAGGUGUUGUCAUGGGGACAGAGAUUUUCUGCACAGAUUUUCACAACACUCAGACUAUGGUGUACGACACAGAGUCAGACUGCUGGCAGAAAUUGCAAGGCUGGCCCAAUCCAGGAAACCUUGGUAUUAAUUACAGUCCAAGUCUUUUCGUAGUGGAGAACAAGCUGCAUAUAUUGUUGAAAGUCUAUGACACUGCCAGCCAAGAGGCACCGACCUGGUCAUCGAUAGAUUGCCGUGUGUAUGUGUAUGACAGGUCUGCUGAUGCCUGGAGUGACUUGAAGGCCACCCUGCCUGAUAAGAAAUAUCAUGUAUAUGGCUGCGCCCCCGUGGCACGUGUGUACCUGCCAUAUCUGAAGGGAACAUAAAACAUAUUCCCUCUCAUGAUUGUUAUGUAGCUAAGGUUGCUAUGCAGGAUAAGCACCAACAGAGAACACAGCCCGAUUGUUAAUAAUCCCAACAGGAUUGUUUAAAAUGACAUUUUUGUUUAGAUCUUGGCUUUUGGCGAAUAUAUUUACAAUAAGAUAAACAUUUAGUUUUUUGAAAAGGGGAACAUUUAAUUAAUGCUUUGAAAUGGGACAAAAUUAAUGCUUUGG